AUAACACUGAGGCAGUAUAGUAAAUUAAGCGGUGAAAUAAAAAUGAGCACUUCGGUGUUACUGUUAGCCUACAAAUCGGAAUCGGAAAGCACAUUCAAAUGGUUCUUCAACAGAGCAAUCGAAGUGGAAGCGCCCCAGUGGCAUCUGAGCAUACUGGUUUACAAUUUCGAAUAUUCUUAUACGAGCAAGGGGAUUACCGUGCAGCAGACUCACGAGAAACCGACCGAAAUUACGUACAUGGACUACACGGAUAUAUCCAAAAACGAACUCGAUCAUUACGUGAAUAUUAUAUUACCGGGGUACGGUUGGAUCAAAGAGAAUUACGAUUCGAUCGAACGGAAUUGCCAGCAUUUCAUCCACGUUAUGAUCGAUUUUUUGCAAGUUGACGAACCGAUUCCUAAUUAUUGUCUCGACGAGAAACGCCUCUGCCAAAAAUUAUCGCCUAUUGAUGAUCAUGUAUCCAGCAAAACGAACCAAAAUUGCGAACCAAAUUCUUCUCAUAAGAAUCUGUUGCAAACCCAAGGGCAGCACACGUCACAUCAACGUUCACCUCUGUGGGAACCUCAGUUCCAUCAUCAUUUCCUAUCCGAUUAUUCGAGUUAUCUAUCUCAAGCAUGGUUGCAUCUACAGAGGAAUUAUCAACAUCUUCAAUAUUAUUGUGAAUACUACACAGCUCAACCGAUGUACAAAAUAAAUGUCGUCUCCUCUUCAAUCGUCAAUGAGAAGAAGGACUAUAACAGUUGCUGAGUAAAUCAUGAACUCAUUAAAUUAUUAUU